UCUAAUAUAUAUAACAUUCGAGUAGUGAUAAUAAUAAUUUUUUUUUUUGGUGAGGCAGGACGAGAACACUCCCAUCCCGGGUAGCCUGAGGAAGGUGGAUCAACCCAAUCCGGGGGUUGAGAUGAUCUUCAAGUUAGAUGUGCAAAUCCAAAGAGCCGUUUUCGCUGAAAUUGGAGAGGAGUUCAUCCUGAUUAUUGCUAAAGAUAUUGAAGAUGCGCUGCAACUUAUACAUAUAAAGGAGUUUUAAGUCACCGAAGGAGUCUACUAAACUCGAACAACUCGUGGACAACAAGUGGAGGGUUUUACUAUUGAAUAAAAUAGAUAGAAAUAUCUUUGUUGAGCUCGAAAAUUUGAGGAAGAUUUAGUGAUCGUGAUAGUUUUCUCUCUCUCUUAUCUCCCGUACUGUUUCGUUUCGUGUUCCAUCCACUAUUGUAAUAACAGUGUUUGAGACUUAGUAUCUUAAUUUGGAUUGUGGUUGUUUUGUGAGUUGGUAGCUUUAAUCGACGCUGCCUGAGUAAGUCCUUUUCUUAUAUUGGCGAGAUCCUUCUUUUUUCUUUUCUUCUUCCCUUGUGUAGUGUUAACUUUCUUUGGAAAACGUUGCUGUAUAAUGUUACAGCUAGUGUCCAGAAGUGGUAUAAUUGUUAGAGGCAAUAUUUGUUGUGUUCUUGAGAAGAUAUUGAAUAGUCCUAGCCUUGCUGCAGUUGAUGUACAGUUGAUGCUCAUGCUGCUCUGUCAAGUUGUCCUGUGAAUUGUCCCUUUGUCUCACAUGGAAAGAACGGUCUCGGAAGUCUUGAGGAAGAUUGUGAGGAAGUACAGCGGAAUGAGACCCGAAGUCAUUGCUAUAGCCACUGCAAAUCCAAUGGCAGUCCGAGCUGAUGAGGUCAGCGCAAGGCUGUCUGGUGAUCCAAGUGUUGGUUCUGGAGUUGCAGCUUUAAGGAAAGUUGUUGACGGGAACAACAAAAGAGGUCGACCAAAGAAAUCACCUUCACAAGAAGAUGCCCCAAAAGAAGUAGAUCGGACUUUGGAAGAUGAUAUUAUCGAUAGUGCAAGACUACUGGCUGAAGAAGAAACUGCGGCAUCCUAAAGCAGAUGAUAAGGAAAGCAGCAGAAACAUGGUAGUUUACUGUUUUAAAGCGGUAGACUUGUUGGUUUAGUGCUUUAGUUCAGGUUAAUGAAACAAAGUAUUUUUACAUGUUCAGAGGUUUUUGUUUCAGGUAGAUGUAAUUCUGUAGUUCUAUUGAAACGGUAAGUUUCUAUAUGGGGCUAGUGGAUCCAGUCUUAAGCUUCAGAUUUUGGAUGUACAAGUUUGUUUCCUUUAUGUUUUUGUUUGUUAACAGCGGUGAAGGGAAAAUGGAGAGACAGUUUAGCAAUGGGAGGUAUUGGGGAUUUGCUUAGUGAAGAAGAUGAGGAAGAGGACGAAGAUUAUGAAUUUCUUAAGAAGAAAGCUGUUUCUGCUUUUGGGUUUGAUAAGGAGAAUGCUGUAGUAGCGGAUCAAGCAAAGAAUGCAGAUAACUCUUAUUUGACUAAGACAAGAUUCGAUCAGUAUCCACUGUCUCCCUUAUCGCUAAAAGCAAUCAACGAGACAAUGACUGUUGUGCAGGAAGCUACUCUUCCUGUAAUUCUCAAAGGCAAAGAUGUCCUAGCUAAGGCCAAAACAGGAACGGGGAAAACUGUAGCGUUUUUGCUUCCAUCAAUUGAAGUAGUUGUCAAAUCUCCUCCUACAAGCCCCGAUAAUAAGCGACCCCCAAUUCUUGCGCUUGUGAUAUGUCCAACUAGAGAACUUGCCAAUCAAGCUGCUACAGAAGCAAACACCUUGUUAAAGUAUCAUCCAACUAUCGGUGUUCAAGUUGUGAUUGGAGGCACAAGACUUGGUUUAGAGCAAAAGCGUAUGCAAACAAAUCCUUGCCAGAUUUUAGUGGCUACACCUGGAAGACUCAAAGACCAUAUCGAGAACACGCCAGGAUUUGCGACAAGGUUAAAGGGUGUGAAAGUUCUUGUGCUUGAUGAAGCUGACCAUCUUUUAGACAUGGGUUUCCGCAAGGACAUUGAGAGGAUAAUUUCAGCUGUUCCUAAGGAGAGACAAACUUUUCUAUUUUCCGCCACAGUACCUGAAGAGGUUCGCCAAAUAUGCCUUGUUGCUCUGAGGCGGGAUCACGAGUUUGUUAACUGUGUUCACGAAGGCACUGGUGAGACACAUCAACAGGUCAGACAAACGCACAUGAUUGCAUCUCUGGACAGACAUUUCUCUCUUCUGUACACACUUCUUCGCGAACACAUAAUGGAUAAUGUGAACUAUAAGGUCAUUGUCUUCUGUACAACUGAUAUGGUUACAAAAUUAGUGGCUGAUCUACUUGGUGAGCUAAACUUAAAUGUGAGAGAGAUCCAUUCUAGAAAACCACAGAGUUACAGGACAAGGGUUUCUAAUGAGUUCCGAUUCUAGAAAACCACAGAUCAUUAAAAGUUGGGUCUCGUGUAGUUGGAGCUUUCAUUAUGCCUUGUGGAACCUGUUCUUAUUGUGCUAAGGGCCAUGAUGAUUUGUGAAGAUGGUGGAAAAGCUGUGAUGAUUGGACUCUCAAAAGCUGGUUCUGUUGGAGAAAUUGACAUAAAUAGACUUGUUCGUAGGAAG